AUGGAAAGACUUUCAGACGCGGAGAACGAAGCUCGUAUGCUGAAGGGAGAAUUAUAUCAUGCUUUCACAGCUUCACUAUCGGCAAAGCGUGAGAGGUGUCGCAAAGCUUGUCAUAGGUUUAACCAAGCUGGAGAUGCCUCGAGAAGAGAGCUCGUCAGACUAUGGAGAGAUGUGAUAGACGACAAGUCCCCAAUGCCUCCUGUUGGCGCAAAUGAAGAAGAGGAGGCAGUUUUACUCCAAAACGAACCAUACGUCGAUGGGCCAGUGAAAGCUGAUUACGGCUUCAACAUCCGACUAGGCGUAGGAAGCUUUAUCAAUGUCAAUGCCACAUUUAUUGACACCUGUCCUAUCACAAUCGGAGCUCGUACCCUUGUUGGGCCUAGUUGUUCAUUCUAUUCUGGAGGUCAUCCUCUGGAUCCGUUCCUCCGAAAUGGAACAAAUGGACCUGAGUUUGGAGGUCCCGUCGACAUUGGCGAGGACUGCUGGCUAGGCGGGAAUGUCAUUGUUCUACCAGGCGUUACAAUUGGGCGUGGUUGUACGGUUGGUGCUGGUAGUGUGGUGACCAAAGACAUCCCGGCCUUUCAUGUGGUGGUUGGAAAUCCUGCCCGAAUCAUUCGCAAAAUCGAGCCUAAGGAGCGGGAUCCAAAGUUGUCAGAAGAGGGUUCCGACGUCUCUACUGUCGUCUCAGCAGCCAAAAUAGCCGGUCCGCUCUAG